GCCAGCCACUUACCAGCAAGGUGAUGAAGAAGUUUGGAUCUCCUGUAACAGAGCAGCAUGAGCAGAAUGAUCUCUCAUCUUCUGUGUCUUGAACUGUUGGUCCUGCUGGCAUUAGGAACUCAAGGCAAUGAUCAAGAAGGAAAGACCACAACAUGCAAUAUCUCCAGAAACCUAAUCAAAGAUCUCUCCAACCAUAAUCUAAAAGAAGUGCCAAAAGACUUGAACCCAGACACACAGUACUUGGACCUUUCUUUCAAUACCAUAAUAACCAUUGCAAAAAAAGAUCUGGCUUCCCUGUCACAACUUUGUGUCUUACAGCUAUCUUACAACAGCUUGGUGACCAUCUCCAUGGAUGCAUUUGAAAAUAACACAAAACUGGAGAUGCUCAACAUUUCCCACAAUUUUUUGGACUUUAUCCCACACUUGGCAAUACCAAGUCUUAGAGUCCUUGAUUUGUCUAGCAAUAUUUAUAGGAAUUACACUUGUGGGAGCUCAUUUAAGAACAUGACACACCUCAAUUUGCUUGUGCUUGGAAGUCCCGAAGCUAGAUCCGUCGCUCUGCCUGACUUUGUGUCACUCCACCACCUGAAUCUAGCAUAUAUGCAGUUGGGGGAUAAGGCAGGAUUGCAGCUUUAUGAAGCUGGCUCUUUUACACAACUCCCACACCUUGUGGAAAUGACACUCGUUGGCCCGUUGUGUGAUAAGACUGGCAUCUUUUCCAGUGUCCUUCAAGACCUUGAUAAAAUAAAUGUUCAGAGUUUAAGACUGGUCAAGCUUAUUCCCAAGGACUGUACUGUCUCUACAGAAUUGUUUGACAUCCUAAAAGAUCUGAAAUCUUUGAAAAAUCUCUCUUUUAUAGACUGCUGGUUCAACAGCUCAGUAAUGACCAAGCUUGUCUUUUAUGUUGUUCAGUCUCCAGUCCAAAUUCUUACCUUGUCAAACAUGACUUAUUUUGAGGAUACCUCUGAAGGACUCCAGUUUCACGGAGUACCUGGCUUGAAUCAGACGAUUAAACUGAAAGGUCUCGUUAUCGAGAAUGUCCUUCAUUAUCAGUAUAAAUUCCCAGUAUUCAACAUGAGUGCUUCCCAUUUCUUUCAGCUUGUGUAUCUUAAGUUCUCUGGGACAGGGAUGAGCAUAUUACCGUGCAACUUAAUAUCAUCUUUACCUUCAAUGGAAAUUCUUGAUGUCUCAAACAAUCUCUUAACAAAUUAUGGCUUUUGGUGGUUUAAUUGUUCUCACAUACAUAAGUUUCCAGCAUUAAAACACCUUAACCUGAAUCGGAACAGAUUUAAAAAUCUUGAUUUCAUAUCUGAGAAGAUUCAGCUGAUUAAACAUAUAGAAACUCUGGACCUCAGCUUUAAUUCUUUAUUGCUUAGUGGAAAAUGCUCAUGGCCUUCCACUUUAACAAGAAUUAGCUUGAGUAACAACAACCUGGGGAAUUCUGUGUUCAGCUUUCUGUCUCCAUAUUUCAGAAGUGUUAACCUUACAAAGACUGGGAUUACCGCCAUACCAUUUGAUGUGCUUUCCCAGAUGCUCAACCUAACACACCUCUACUUGAGCUCCAAUAGCAUUAGUACGCUACCAGAUAACCUCCUUGUGCCGCUCUUACAGGUGUUUCAUGUGGAUCAAAAUGCUAUCAAUGUUAUCGGUAGCAGUGCCCUGAAAGGAAUGCCAGAUCUCAAGGAAUUGAAUGCUGCACACAACCCCUUUAGCUGUAAGUGUGAGCUCUACUGGUUUGUUGUCACCUUUGACCAAAGCCGCCUUCUUCACUGGCCAUGGGAGUACACCUGCCAGUAUCCUCCAGACAUGGUGGGGAAAUACCUGAUAGAAUACAAGCCUGGUAAAGUAGCAUGUGAAACAUGGAUUCAGGCUUUAAUUGGAGUCAUUUUUCUUCUUGGUAUUAGUCUGGCUAUUGGUGUACCCUUUUAUAAGUUUGAUGGACUUUGGUACCUCAAAAUGCUCUGGGUCUGGAUAAGAGUAAAAAUAAGAAGCACUAAGGAAGCAGAAAGGUUGGGCAAUGCUAAUUUCCUCUACCAUGCAUUCAUUUCCUACAGUCAACAUGAUUUCACCUGGGUAGAAAACUAUCUUCUACCCAAUCUGGAAAAAGCAGGUCUUAAAAUCUGUAUCCACCAGCGGGAUUUUGUGCCAGGAGACUGGAUCAUAGACAACAUCAUCAACUGUGUUGAAAACAGUUACAAGACACUGUUUGUUCUGUCCAAGAACUUUGUCCAGAGUGAGUGGUGCAAUUACGAGCUCUUCUUUGCCCAGCACCGCGCUCUCAGCAUUCAACAGGAUUCACUGGUCUUUAUACUCUUGGAGCCAAUCCCCUCUGACUCCCUGCCCAAGAAAUUCCUAAAGCUGAGGACCCUCCUUCAAAAGCAGACAUACCUUGAGUGGCCUGUUGAAGGACGGAAGAAGCAAGUCUUCUGGGCCAGUCUCAAAAGAAUGCUUCAGCAGGGCAGCAGUUACAUGCAGUUGAGGAGGACUGCUCUUGAACUGGCAGAUUGUUGUUCUAGCUUGGACACUCUCAUUUAACCGAUUUUUAAAGCUAAAGACUUAGUACGAAUAUUACAAUAUUUACGGUAGAUAUGUUCUACUUUUAAUGUUAUUACACUGGAACAGAUUCUGUUGUACAAUAAUCACAAAUUUCUUUCCAGUGAGAAGAUGCAUGACUUUAUAUUAGAAAACACAUGUACCCAGUUUGAAGAAAGCCAAAGGUAGUGCUGUCCAAGACUGAGCCAAACGUUCAGCACUGUGGCUCAUUGGGCUGCCCUACCGCAAAUUACAUUUUUCUAAAGCUGGUCAGCUAGUCUGUAACGCUUCUACAAAUAUGCUUAUCAUUAGACAUGCGGAUAUUUCAUAUGAAUUAGUAUAUUUCAGAUUCUUUGCUUUAGCACAGUUGCAAAGUUAGUUUAAUAUUAGAUCAAAUUUGAUUGUAUAAUGGAAAUUGAAAUGAAUCGUUUAGGGACAUUAUUAGAAAAGUGGCUCACGAGAAUCUAACCUUGGAAAAAGCAGAGCAAAGAGAUGAAGAAAGAAAGCAAGGAAGAUGCUGAACUUCAGCUCUGAAAAACAGAACAAUGGGGGAAAUUUUAGGUAGAGAAAAAGGGAAAUUAGCUGUUCAUUGAGGUUUUACACAAUUAUUAAACAAAUGGAGAAAUAAACACAAUUCAUCCCAUUUGUAGUCUAAAAUUACUUGACAAGGCUUCAACACAACCAACACAUUUCCCUAAAUAUUUGCUGGGGAUUUAUUCACAAAUAAAGAAGGUGAUAACUCAGUUAAAAGACUAAGCUUAGUAAGGUGGCCAAGAAUAAAAAGCUUAUUACUGAUAUAUAAUUUGAGUUUGGUGGCAACCUUGUAAAAGAUUUGCUAUGCAGAAUCACACAUAUAAAAUUUAAAGGAAUACUCCACCCAAAAAUCAUUUCUUUUCAAGUUACUUACCCAGUGUGGUUUGUGGCGAUGGCUGAGAAAAAAAAAAAUGAACACAUUUUCUGAUAGCAAGGGCAUCAAUGGAGACCAACACUAGACAACUAACAAUAUGAACACAUCCAUGACAAAAAUAUCUAACUUUAGUUGGGUCAUAUAAUUCACAUAUCAAAUUAUCCAGUCAUAUGCUUACAAUGUGUCAGACACAUGCAUUGUUUUGCUAAAAGAUUGUUGAUAAAAAUUAUUUUCGCUAAAAUCAGAGCAGUGCACACAGAAGAAAUGCUGUCAAACAGGAAUGAGCUUUGGAAUUGACUCUUGAAUGAGCAUUAGUAACGAUUAAAACAGUAUUUACCGACAGAAGGAGAUACUGUGAAUCCUGCGACACUGGGCCACACUCUAUAAUGUAGGAUUUUGUUACAUUGGUGUUGAUCACUAAAGAAAAAUUACAACAAAAAAUGUUACAUUGUAUGGAAUAAGCAUAUCACAAAUUAAUAGU